GACGGGUCGCUCCUUCAAUAACAACAGCUUUUCAGACACCUUGGUAGCUUUCUGGCAAACAUAGCUACAACAUUCACGUUAUUUACACUGUUUGGUGUAUAUUAGUCGAUGUGUAUUAAACACACUUCUGUUGUAUGUACUUGUUGGCCCAUUUAAUUAUAGAUUUACGUUGUUUGUCAGCUAGCUGGUUUGUUAAGUUAGCUUAGAUCUAGGCUACUCUCUAAUGCUAGAUAGCUAACAUCUCCGACCAUGAGUUCACUAAGCUACUCUCCUCCUGCUAAAGAGGGGGUCGUCUGCUGGACUGAGAAAGAAGCUCUCGUGAAAGAGGAGGAGGAAGAGAAAGAUGUCACACUACAAAAACAAGUAGAGGGUGAGGCUGUUACCGUGAAAGAAGAAGAGAAAGACGUUACAGUGAAAGAAGAGGAAGACGCGUUCAGAGUGAAAGAGGAGGAUGUUACAGUAAAAGAAGAGGAGGAUUCAGUUUUUGGAGUGAAAGGGGAGGAGGGGGAGAUGACUGUCACAUUGGAUGAGGAAGAGGAGGUUGGAGAUCUGUUUAACACCAGAGAGACACAGGACUAUCGUGGAUCCUCUUGGGAGGCUCAACAACAUCAUGAUUCUGACAAGGCAGAGAAGAGUCUCUUCAGAUCAGAACUCCUCAAGAAACACCAGCAGAGACCCACAGAGAAGAAAUCUCAUUGCUGCUCUGACUGUGGGAAAAUAUUAAACUCUUCACCAGACCUUAAAAUACAUCAAAGAAUUCACACUGGAGAGAAACCUUACGGCUGUGAUCAAUGUGGGAAGAGUUUUUCUCAACUAAAAACCCUGAAAUCACACCAGAGAAUACACACUGGAGAGAAACCUUUUGGCUGUGAUCAAUGUGAGAAGAGAUUUAUUUGGCUGCAAACCCUGAAAACACACCAGAGAAUACACACUGGAGAGAAACCUUACGGCUGUGAUCAAUACUAUCAGGGAUCAUUCUCAGAUGUGCCAACCCAAAUGUACUAGAGCAUGACAUUGGGGACUGGGCCCAGAUCCAACAACAUGCCUAUCGAGUGAACCCUGAAAAGAGAGAGAAGCUCCACAGUGAGGUGGAAAGUUACUACGGAUAUCGCAGGAGUUUCCUCUUGAAAUCAGACAUGUCUGUGGUAAGGUCAACUUGCUUGCUGAUUGUCUCAAGAGUCGGCAGUCCAAUUUUUUUUUUUAACUGCACUGUUGGUUAGGGGCUCGUAAGUAAGCAUUUCACUGUAAGUUCUACACAUGUAUUCAGCGCAUGUAACUAAUACAAUUUGAUUUGAGUUUUGUUUGGGCUCGUUCCAAGGGGACGAGAGUUCUAGAAGCUAGAGAGUUCUAGAAGAGUUUUAGGAUUCUAUAGAAAGAAAAGGGAGAAAAUAAUGAUACGAUUGUAUUUUAUUAUUUAUAAAUACGUGUUUUUUCUUGUUUUUAGUUGUUGACAGCAAGUAGACACCAUGUAUUGGUGAAUCAUUGUAGUUGAUAAUAAUGUGAAAUGGAAGUUGUUUUCUGUUGGUGGUCCGCAAACUUGUCCAACAAAAAUAUAGGAAAUAUUUGUUGUCUUAAAGGGGAAGGGUGUUACAGGCUUUGGUUUUUCCAUUUAUGUUUUGAGGUAGGACUUUAGCACGUAUAGCCCGUUAGCACGUAUAGCUCGUUAGCACGUAGGAUGCACUGACUGGUGUCACCUCGUUAGUCAGUAUGUGUUACACCUGUGCUGGCUUGUCCAUCUCAUUAGUGGGAAGGUGUUUCACCUGAGCUGGUCAAGGUUCUAUUUAAGAGUGUCUGGCUCAGUGCUCCAGUUGUCUUAAUAGAUGUGGAGAGUCAACACCUUUAGUUGCUCCACCUUUUUUGAUUUGCUUCCUGUUUAUAAGUUUGAGGUGGUGGGACGGGUGCGCCAUCAUCCGUGAGGAGAUGGCGCAAAGUACAUCUGAACCGUCGGUUCCGGGGAUUGGACUGGUCAACACGGUGCGCUUUUCUUGACGGGGAAAAGAGAUGGAGACUUGGGGGAGAGAAACCUUCGGGAGGAACAUCCUGAUGGGGCACCUAAAAUUGAAGGUUAAAGAUGUUCUAUGCCUUCAGGGGAACCCAAUGGAGAAGGGGUUUGAUGUAACCCUAUAUUUGGAAGAAAAACACAAUGAGAUUAUGAAGACGGUGACAGAAGGGAAAGAAGAAGGUCCCCUGUGUCAUUACACGGUGACCAGCCUGGCAAGAAACAACUUCAGGGUGGUCACCGUAACCAUGUACAAUCCGCACGUGAAGGACGAAGAAGUGAGGGCCUUUCUGGGGAGGUACAUGGACAAUGUCUCCUCAGCGAGGUACCUCAGGGACUCCCUGGGUUUCUGGAAUGGGAAGAGGUUUCCAGGCGUUACUCAGGGAGUCCCCGAAGAGUGUGGAUGGCUACCUCCAUCCUCCGGCAAUGUUCUCCCUGGGGGCUGACAGGGGAACACUCUACUAUGCACGUCAGCCCCCGCUCUGCAGGCGUUGUAUGGCCUACGGCCAUACCCUGGCCUCGUGCAGUAACAAGAAAUGUCGGUUUUGUGGGUCGGAAGAGCACGAGGCCAGGGAGUGUGACGAGCCCAAGGCUUGCCACGGGUGUGGCUCCAGAGAACACCUGUGGCGUGACUGCCCGGCUCGUCACAGGUCAUAUGCGUCUGCAGCUGGGGGGGGGAUAGGGGGAGGAAAGAAAGGACGCGUGCGGAUUGUACGGAUGGCACAGGGGAAAAGGCAAGAGAAGAGGAUGGAAAGAAGGAAGAAAUGAGAAGAAAGAGGCGUGAAGAAGGAAAGAGUGGAAAAGAAGAGGAGAAGGAAAAGAAGGCAGAAGAACGUAAAGGAGCGGUG